GGACGUAAAAAUGAUUGCUUUUUCUUCUACGAAUUUAUGUUCAUUUAUAUUUUCUGUUGCUAUAAUUGGUAGCUAUGCCAUUUUACCAACUAAUGGCCAAGCAACAUGCCCUUCCGAUUGGAUCUCAAGAGUGGAUCCAAUUGAUGGUAUCACAUAUGGUUAUAAAGUUAUUACGAGAGAUUGGCUUAACUAUUAUGAGGCUCGGGGCUAUUGUGUACGUGCUGGCGGACAAGUAGCUUCAAUCCACAGUGCUGCCGAAAACGCCUUCAUAGCUAAUAUCUCGGCUGCCCAGCUCAAGCAAUGCCAAACUAAUGAUUCUGUUUGUGCUACAAGAAUUGCACAUACUAGCGCCGGAUGGGCCUUCCUUGAUAGUUUGAUGCGUUCCUUCUGGUUUGGAAUGAAUCGCGUACAGUACCAGCCUUCGUAUAAUAGUACCCUUGAUUGUUCAUAUCCUGAUGGGACGCCCUGUGAUUAUGGAAGAUUUGACGGAGUUGCAAACGCUAACACCAAUUCACCUCCAUGGUCCCCUGCAUGCCCUUCAGGCAGUAAUUCGUCAAACGGAGUCGGUGACCUCGAAUACUGUACAAUGUUCUUCAACGCUACAACAACAUUGGUAUGGAACGAUAUGUCAUGUUAUCAAAAGCUUGGGGGUGUUGUUUGCAAAAUGAACUGCUCGGCGACUAAGACUACUCAAACAUGUACCUCAUCAGCAGUUGCCACCACAAAUGCUGCAGUUACAACUAAAGCAGCUGUUGUUACUUCUGGCAGUGGUUCUGCUGGCUCAACGGUUAAAUCAUUGACAACUAAAAGCUCGGGAACUAGUAAUGGUUCUUGCUCUUGUAAUGGAGGGUCAUGUGGAGGUGGUGGUUAUAAAUGUGGUUCUGAUGAUUGGCAAUGGAAAAUAAACAAGAAAAAUGGGAAAGCAUACGCAUACAAAGCGUUUAAUUAUACUGGAUGUUUUUGGCAAUGUCUCGCAAUCUGCAAAAAAUACAAAGCUGUUCCUUGUUCAAUACAAUCAAGUGAUGAUAACGACUUUAUUGUUAAAACAGUAUGUUCCGGUUUACUCUCGUCAAGUUCUUCAAACUCAUCUCGCAAACGUCGAGCUACUUCAGAUACCUGUAUAUACACUGGCAUUCAUCGUCAAGUUACGAAUCCGUCAACUGGAGGCGUUUCUUGCACUUGUAGUGAUGGAAGUUCUUGUGGUUAUGGAAAUGAUGAUGCGCAUGGAGAUACCACAACAACCUCUUUUACCUCCACAACCUCUCGGGCCACUACACUCAAAUCCUCAACAACACAAAAGGCAGCAACUACAUCAACACAGAAGUCAACAACAAAGCUCGCAACUUCAACAUUUAUAAGCACAUCUACAGCUGUUCCAAGCAAUCCAUGGGCUCCGGGAUGCCCUGCUAAUUCUACAACUGGACAAAAGGACAAUGGUGGGUAUGGGUCCAGAAACUGUAUUGGUAUAAAUGGAGAUGGUAAAUGGGUGGACCAAAGUUGUGACAGACCGGCCACAGCAGUUAUAUGCAUGAAAGAGUGUGAUCAACCAUAA